AUGAGUGAGCAUCAUUUAUUCCAGUUCCAUGCUAGAUGUCAAGGUAUUAAACUCACCCAUUUGUGCUUUGCUGAUGAUCUCAUCAUGUGUAGCAAAGGUGAAUUUCCUUCUGUUUAUCUUAUGUUGCAAGCUUUUAAGCUCUUUUCUGAUUCUACUGGCCUUCUUGCAAACAAGCACAAAUCUGCUAUCUACUAUUGUGGUAUGCGUGAGAGUGAUUGUGCUAGAAUUGUGAGUGUUUCUGGUUUGACCAGGAGCAAUCUGCCUUUUAAAUAUCUAGGAGUGUCUAUCUGUGCUAAGAGAAUCUCUGCAGCUCAGUGUGAUGUUUUAGUUGAUAGGAUGAUCUCUAGAAUUAAAAUAUGGAGUUCUAGGAAUUUGUCUUACACAGCUAGAGUGCAGCUCAUAAAUUCAGUCUUGCUUAGUGUUCACGUGUAUUGGGCACAAAUCUUUAUUCUUCCCAAGCAGGUGUUGCAGAAUGUUACCAAAGUGUGUAGAGCAUUCCUAUGGAGUGGACAAGCUUACAGCAAUAAGCCAAGCAACAUUUCUUGGGAUAGAUCUUGUUGUGACAAGAAAUAUGGUGGUCUAGGUUUCAGCAUUCCUAUGGAGUGGACAGGCUUACAGCAAUAA